AUGGAGAGGCUGAAUAAAUUUAUUGACAUCCUUUCAAAUUCAAACCCACACACCACCCCGUUAGAUUUCCUGAGUUAUAGAUAUAUCAACACACCAUUAGAUCCAUUACCAAUUGACACUAAAACAGUUCAACCACCACAAUUCAUACCCACAAUCAAUGAAGCAAUUGUUCAUUUAAAAUUAUUAAAGGCUUUCCAAGUCAUGAAAAAUAAAGUAUUAAUUGAUUAUGAAACAGAUGAAGAAGAAUAUUGUGAGAAACGUUGGCAAAGUUUUAUAACUUUAGCUGUUAGAAGAUUCAUUAUAUUUGUUUCGGCAAUACGUGUAAAUGCUCCUGGUGGUCAACUGGGUCCUGGAACAGAAUCACAAAUAUUCAAUAAUGCUAACAUAAAACAAGAUUCUUUUGUAAAGUUUAUGAAUGAUUUAAUGCCACCAUUAGAUGUAAUUAUGGUAUGGCAUUCAUUUUUAUUGAAUCCAAAAACUUUCUAUGAUACUUGUUUAAGAACUAAUGUUUUGAGGUUUGCUAAUUUCCCCUUACCUUUAUAUAAAUUAAAUCAAUUCAUUGAUAAUUAUACUUUUGAAUUUAAUGUUAACCCCACCCCACAGGAAAAUUAUUUAAAUUUAAUUAAAUCAUUUACUAAUGAUGAAAGAGAUUAUCAAUAUGACAUCGCUACCAAAUUUUCCUUAUAUAAACAAACAGUGAGAUUUUAUUGUCCUGGGUGUACAAAAGUGUUAACUGAUUGGGUAAGAAUAAGUGAUGAAAAUCAAAUGGGGUUAGCUGAUAGAAAUUUAAGUGUUAGAAAAUUAAGAUCACGAUCAUUCGUGGUGGAAGAAUUACCCCCAUCAAAAUGUCCUUGUAUUAACAUUUCUAUGAUAACUCAUGAAUCACUUCGAAUACUUCAUUUGAUUAUUGAUGCAAGAAGAAAAUAUCCUUUACUCCCUGGGACUUUCAAAUAUUUCUCCCUGGUUAUUUGUAAUCCAAAAUAUUCAGCACGAUCACCAACAACUCUUAGUGAAGACAUUUGUCUAGCAGUACAGAAAAGUUAUCUGGCAACAAAGGAUUUAACAACUAUAAUAAAUGAUAUCCCUAAAGAAUAUGCCAAUGAAACUACUCGAAGAAGGGUCAUUUUAAGAAAUUAUCUCCAAUUUAAUUAUAUUAGUGCUACGGUGGAAAAUGGAAUCGAAGUUGGGGAAGAUUUGGUAGGAUGUGUAUUAAGGCAAGAAAGGUUUCUUGAAAAGAUUAACAAAAUGGAUUGGUUACAUUCUCCAUUAAUUCAUGAAAGUUUACUGGAGUCAUUAAUACGUUAUAAAAGAUUCUUUUUGAUGUUGACAGCUGACCGGUAUAGAUUGAACAUAUUGGUCCCUACUUUAGACAUUGAUUUAUUGUGGCAUACUCAUCAAUUGUCAAUGUAUGGAUAUUUCCGUGAUUGUCGAACAUCACCUUGUCAUUAUGUUAUUGAUCAUGAUGAUAAAAUUGAUGAGAAUAGAUUAGAUGAUGCGUUUGCACGUACUGCUAGACGAUAUCGACAAUUAUUCAAAGACAACUAUUCUAUUUGCUAUUGCCAAUAUUGUACAAACUAUCGAACCAAAUACGCCAAUAAUGGGCUCCUAACCUUAUUUCAGACGAAAAAGAAAUUGGAAACUAAAGAAAAUGCUAUAAGAAACAAUCCAUUGUUUGACGGAGAGAAACAAGGUGGUGUGACUCACAUUAGUGUUCACAAUUCAAUUCAAAUGCCAACAAAGAAGGCCACAAAGAGACGUCAGAAAAACCCCGUGCCUUGGGAGAAUAAUAGGAUAGAUGGUGGUCAUUAUGUGGUUGUACCUGAUGCUCCUAUCACGACUGACCAUUGUCAAUUCUAUGGCACAGGGUUAUGUAACUCUGUGAAUGCUCAAUGUGUUAGUGAUUCAGGUAAAUGUUGUUCGUUUGCUAGUUGUACAUCAUUUGGAGGUUCAGCUUGUGUAACUGAUAGUGGUCUGGCUUGUGGAGGAGAUGGUGGAGACGGGGGUGGUUGUGGUGGUGAUUAG